UUAACAGAAAUAUAUGAAAGUUAUUAACAUGUUCUAUAUUUUACAGUUACAAAUAGUGAUUAUACAGUUGUGUGCACUGGGGUAUUGUUUUGGAUCAGUUCCUUAAACUCAUUUGCUUGGCCUGGAACUGACACACACAGAGCACAGAGAUACUGGUUUCUGCCAAGAUCUCCCCGUGUGUACUAUCAUGAGAAUCCAACACAAACUCCUGGGGAGGUCUCCACCAGUGAGGGGUCAACAGCAGUAGACACUAGGCCCAUGGAGGGUUUUGGGUCAAAGUUUAACUUAAACCUCAUUAUGAACAGACCCCACCUGGCUCAACUUCCUGAAUUUGUUCGUCAUUCACCCCAUGCAACGUCUGUGUUCAACGCAUGAACUCCGGGUUGUGAAACAACUGGAACUUUGGAGCAGCGCCCCUUUCACUGUUCCUCCUCUUGUGCCUUCUUUUUUUUUUUUCUUUCCCCUGACUGUCCCCCCUCCUUCCCCUGCCAACUCCCCCAACUCUGAGCUCCUCCUCUGCUGAAAAGACACAUUUCCUGAUGUCAUUACUAAAUCAAAAUGCUGCUCGGCAAACAGAUGUUGUGAGAGGCCCAACAUGUGGAUUCAGUGACAUAAAUUAACAAGUUGGUCGUGAGAAAACAACCUUACAUUCCAUUUUUCAUUCAAUCAAUGAAACCACCUCUUUCACAGUGCUCUUUAAAGUGGUGGGUGAUGGCAGUGAGAAACUACAUUACAGAUGUAGAACAAUCAUCAGACAGAAAAAAAAGUUUUAAAACAGCUGGUCAGGACUGAAUAAUAACUACUCUUUCUGUAUUAAUUAAGCUUAACAUGAAAUCAUCGCUGUCUACACAGCUCACACUGCAGAGUCAUGAUUACAUCCACCCCAAAAAGCUAAGCCCUAAAUGUUUACUUAUGUUUCCUAUUUGGCAGAGGCAGCCCAAAAGGCAAAUAAAUCACAUGCUGUGAGCUGGCCAGGCCUUCGACUGUGAGAAACUGAGACUAAAAAGCAGAACAAGAGUUAAAGAGUAAAGGGUUUUCAGAUGUGAGUCCAGCCCAGCUUGGGUGUGCUCCCUUUUAUUUGGGAGAAUGGAGAGGACAAUCUGUGUUGCCUCCACCCCGUUAAAAAAAGGAAGAAAAUCCUAAGGAAACGUGUGUUGGAGAGGGGAACAGCGGCUGCCAAGGCGCAGGGCCGUCAGACAGAUCUUCGGAGAACAUCUGGUAACCGCGGGUAACACUGUUUGGACAUCUGGUAACCGAAGGUUACACUGCGUCUCUUCCAUCCUGUCGGGUUUCCUGUUAUGCCUCGCUGUACACAGUCUAAGAAGUUUAGGUUUAUUAUACAUGGUCGCCGGUUGGGGAAAACGCACCUUUAUUCAUUUUUUCUGACAUGAAGGGAGCACUUGGUUUCAUUGGGGUAUUCCUCUCCUUUCUCUGCGAUGCCACUCAAGGGAACUCUACGAUGCAGUUUGCUUGUGGGAAUAUUUCUCACCAUUGUACGGAUUUCUGCCACAUCUGUGAUUUUUAUUUUGGUGCACCAACAAUGGAUUGCCUUUUCACUCUGCUUGACCACACCUGUCUUAACAAUUUUAAUGAGGCAAUGGCAUCACUGAACAGCACUGACUGGUGCACUUGGGGCAAUGUGAGCGGUUUAUAUAGUAACCUAAGCCUUUGCACAGAGGAGAUAUCUGACUGUCUAGUGAUCCCAUGGCCCAACCCGCUGGUGGAACAGACCUUUGUGAACAUUCACUCCAAGUUUUUCAAAGAUUGUCCCUCAGAGGAGCUAAGCGACCCACCACCAGUCAUCAUCUUUGCCCUCGUGAUAACUCCCAUCUGCCUGAUCCCCAUCAUGGUGAGCCUGGUGGUGCUCAAAACCAAAAAUGGGGAUGGCAGCUCCUGAAAAUCCCAAAUCUCUGCUUGGCUCAAAAAUCAUCGAGGAUAUCAUGUUUUCCCUUUCCCAACCUGAAGGCUACAGCUCGUUUACACACGCACCGCAGCAGCGCUUUCAUCUCACCAGUGACCUUGCAGAGUAAUGAGAUAUCUGAGAUAUCAGCAACGGAGGAACACCUUAGAGGAGAUGACACUGAUUAAGAGUGAAUGUCAUAUCAUCAGUAGCAUCACAAUGAUUUUGUCAAUAACAACCUCCCCGAUGCUAACAGAGUCACACUGUGAUACGAUCUAUGUUAUAAUAAGUUCCUGUAACGUACUGUGAAACGUUUUGUUUUCACCAUCUCCACUCGAGAUCUGAACAUGUAUCUGUUGGUCACAUCCAAUUUGCACAAACCAUUCAGUAAACAGAGCUUGGUUUUAACUGAAGAACCUAGUAUUCAGGGUUAUGAUGACAAAAGCUGUUGAGCUUGCAAAGGUAAAGUCAAAAUGUGUGUAUGUGUUGACUCUCAUUGUUUUGGACAGUAUUUGUGUUGAUCAAAGACAAGGUCAUUUCAAUUACUGAACCCCUGAACUCUCCUGAUGCGAUUUGUUUUGCAGCCACUCAAACUUAACCCUGUUUUGAGCCAUUAACGAGACAAUGUACAGUUUGUAUGCAUAAUUUGACAAUAUACAGUACGUAUGCAAAGCACAUGUGCAACUUAGACUGUUUUUCAGUGUGAAGUUGAUACAUGUAUGUGUCCAUGUUUGGUCUAGGAAAAGGGUCCUCUAAAUGUGUACAUAAAGACAGGAAAGUGAGUGUAGCGUGAUGCAUGGAUCUGGUUAUGUGAGUCGUAGCGUUUGAGGUCAGAGGUUACAGAUGGGACACAAUGAGUGGGUACGCCCAGAAAGGGAGAUUUAUUUUCCUAGUAUUGUCUAUUUUUGAACAGUCCUUCAGCACUUUCCCCUAUCCAAACACAGACAAUCCUCAUGAUCACAUGAUGAGCUAAUCGAGGCAAAGUUUUUAUUAACAUCCAGUUCGGACAGACAGACAGACAGACAGACAGACAGACAGACACAGACAGACAGACAGACAGACAGACAGACAGACAGACAGACAGUUGUCUGUGCAGACAAGCGAUAAACACUGAGCAACGACACAAAGAUAUAAGUGUUAUCUUUUCGCCUGGAUCGUGAAAAUGUGGUUAUGUUGUGAUCAGUCUUGAAUGACGAUAAAGCCAUUGUUAAGUGCUUUCAGAUUUGGAUAUAAAUGUGUAUUUAUAUAAUGUGUUAUAAUUAUGCCAUUGUCAGAACUUAGUGGACUUACUGUACCAUCUGAGAGAACACAUUCUGCCUACUCUCACACCAUUUACUGUAUGUAUUUUGAUAUACUGUUUUAUAUUUUAUAUAAUUAAAUCUAGAGUUGGAUU